AUGGACGCCCCGCGCCUGCGCUCGAACCCCGCGGCCGCAGGCCCCGAGCGGGCGCUGCGCAAGGAGGUCACCGCGCUCGCGGACCGGCUGAAGGCGCUCACGGCGGAGGAGGAGCGCGCGCACGCCGCGACGCUCGCGCGCUUCGACGACACCGACGACGACGAGGACGACGGGGCGGUCCCGCCGCCGCCGCCGCCGCCGCCGCCCGCCCCGCCCGCGCCGCCCCCGCCGCUAGUCGAGACGACGGCCGCCGCGGCCGACGUGGCCUGCCCCGCGCUCGCGCGCGCGGUCUGCGCGUACAAGGCCGCCUGCCUCGGCGCGGAGGCGGCGGCGCAGCCCCGGGGCGGCGCGGAGCUCAAGGGCCUCGUGGCCGCCCUGCACCACCAGGGCGCCGCGCGCGUGCCGUACGACCCCGCGGCGGCGACGGCCGCGCACGCGUUGGCGCGCAAGCGGCCCCCGCGGCCGAAGCCGCCCGGGGGCUCCUCCUCGAGAAAGGCGCCGCCCGCGCCGAUCAGCACGUCGCUGGCCGGGGCCCUCGCCGACGACCGCUGGGACGCCUGCCAGAAGUGGACCUUCGCGCACGCGGCGGCGCCGUACCCGAGCGCCGAGGAGAAGGCCGCGCUCGCGCGCAAGGCCGGCUGGCCGCCGGGCCGCGUCAACCACUGGUUCUCGAACAUGCGCAAGCGCAAGUACCUCAAGCUCCGCGACGGCACGCGCGCGCCGCGCGACGCGUUCGAGGCGCAGCUCUACCACUUCCUCCGCCGGGGCGCGGACGCCGACGCGUCGCCCUAG